UUUGUAUGGGCGGGUGUUGUUUCGUGGCAGGACUGAAGAUGGGCGGACUUUAAAAUCAGCCAGGAAAAGACAGGAAAGCCGACACUUCCCCGCACCACAACAAAAAGAAAACGCAGAUGGCUGCCCUUCGUAAGAAACUCGUCAUAGUAGGCGAUGGAGCCUGUGGAAAGACCUGUUUGCUUAUUGUUUUCAGUAAAGAUCAGUUUCCUGAAGUCUACGUGCCCACUGUGUUUGAGAACUAUGUUGCAGACAUUGAGGUUGAUGGAAAACAGGUAGAGCUUGCCUUAUGGGAUACUGCUGGACAGGAGGACUAUGAUCGGUUAAGACCCCUCUCCUACCCAGACACAGAUGUCAUUCUUAUGUGCUUUUCCAUCGACAGUCCUGAUAGCUUGGAGAAUAUUCCAGAAAAGUGGACACCAGAGGUGAAGCAUUUCUGUCCAAAUGUUCCCAUCAUCCUCGUUGGCAACAAAAAGGAUCUCCGAAAUGAUGAUCACACACGAAGGGAACUUGCCAAAAUGAAACAGGAGCCCGUGAAGGCAGAGGACGGGCGCGACAUGUCCAACCGAAUCAACGCCUUUGGUUAUUUAGAGUGCUCGGCGAAGACGAAAGAUGGCGUGAGAGAGGUCUUUGAAAUGGCCACCAGGGCCGGGCUGCAAGCCAGGAAACGGGGCAAAAAGAAUGGCUGUCUGCUGUUAUAGAAACCUGUAGAAGAGUGGAUGUCAGUCAACAGCCCAGGAGACUUCAGAGCAGGGAGCCUAGCAUUCAUGUCCUAGUACAGUCAGCAGCCGUAUCAGACUGAUACUGGGACAUCAUGUCAGACUAACCACGAGAGACCAAUGGAAAGACUUCGGGAACAAGAUGAUGUCAUUUCCUGUCAUCGCUAAGUUUGGGGUUAAGAGUUUUCUGGUCACAUCGAGCAAAAAAAAAAAAAAU